AUGGAAGAAGAAACAGACCACAAGCUCCCAAACUUGAAAAUAUGCAUAGAUAAUACAGAAUCAGACGAAGAAAAACGGGAUGCUGUGUCUAUGAAUGUUGAGGAAGAGCUUGAUUACAAUGAAGAUCUUGAUAGCGAGGAUGGUUCGGGAGAGGAUGACGUAGAGUUUAACGUCCGCUUGGGAAAUUUGAAGAAAUCAGAUGUUGGAUCGAAACUAAAUGUGCAAGAUGACAGCAGAGUGAUCAAAUCAAAGUCAGAGAGUGAGGAAGGAGAAAUAAGUGACUCUAGUGAUGACACUCCGGUUGAGUUCAAUGUUAGAUUAGGGAAGACUCCGGUCAAGGGUCAAUCCACAGGAUUUCUUAAGAUACCUGAAAGCCAUGAUUCUCGGAGAGAUGAAUACCACAAUAAAAAAUCCAAACCCAAGGCAGAUAGAGCAAGAAGACUUGGUCUUGAAAUAUCUAAGAGGGAUCCCUCGAUCAAUCUCCAGGAGUUGUACAGAAGUUUGGGACUUGAGGAAGACAAAAUUGAUGAAGAUCAUCGUGGAAUUCGCUUGGAGGCCAUUCAUUUUCGUGGACUUAAAGACAUGAAUACAAAGGAUGUGUUUGAAUACUACAAAGAAUUCAAUCCUGGGAAUGUUGAAUGGAUCGAUGAUCAGUCAUGUAAUGUGGUAUGGCAAGAUCCAUUGUAUACAGCCAGAGCCAUGCUCAAACUGAGCAGGAGCUACGAGGAGGUCUUACGAGGUGACAGUAGGGCAGAGGAAACCUCAGACUUAGACACUGAUAAAGACAAAACAAAAGAACCAAGGAAGAAGAAGCUGGUGAAGAAACAGAAAAAGAAAGUCAGCAGCAGUAGUUCUUCUUCAUCCUCCUCCUCUUCUUCUAGCUCCUCAGAGGAUGAAGAUGAAUCACCAAAGAAGAGAAAGCCAGUAAAGAAGACAUCCCCCUCCUCAGCCAAAGUCAGAUCGCCGCCCAGCAAGGUGCCCCCUCAGAGUGAGAAGAAGACAGACUCACAGCCGGAGAAGAUGGAGGAAGAUGAAGAUGUGUUAGAUCUGAUGGAUGAUGGGGACAAGAUAGAAAAAGGAACCAAAGACAUGGAAGUCAGUGAAAAGGAUAAAAAGUCAGAAUCAACAAAAGUGAGCAGUAAAAAGAAGAAGCCAGUCAUGGAAACAAGUCAAAGGACAUCAAAGGAAAGGCAGUCUAGAAAAGACAAAGCCAAACAAUCAAAGAAAGCCAGGGAGUCCUCCAGCAGUAGCUCAUCGUCGUCAUCAUCAUCAUCGUCAUCAUCGAGUCGGUCAGGGUCAUCUUCAUCAUCAUCAUCUUCUUCGUCAUCAUCCAGUGGUUCCAGCAGUGGAAGCAGCAGUAGCUCUUCAUCUUCAUCUGAUGAGGAGAAAAAGACAAAGAAGAAAGAGAAAGUUGAAAAGCGAAAAAAGGAAAUGAAUGUCAAAGAGAAACUUAAAUCAACCAAUGAGAAACCACAAGACAUCCCAUGGCCUCCAGGGAAGUGGCGACUGGGCAAGCCUUACAAACGAAACAAAUAUCUCUUCCUGCGAUACGCCAUGAAAACUGAUAGGAAGUUACAUGGUAGAGAGUCCAGUAAAGCAUACCAGAAGUACAGCAGUCCUAAUUACACGGGCGAGAGAGGUCUGGUCAGCAAAUCAAGGAAAGAAACAUUCCGCUCAAAACAGCUCAAAGAACAGAGAGGGGAGGCCAGGACUGCUAUAGCGGCACAGCGGUCAACUAUAAACUAUAACGAUGUAGAUAUAUUUGGGGACGACACGGUUAAUAUCAAAAUGGACACAGAUGAUUUGGAAGAAUUUGGUGCCAAGCCCCAGAGUAAAAGGGAAAUAGAGGAGCGAUUGAGGAGUAUUCUGGGUGGGAAAACUCCCAAAGAGGAAGAGGUGGAGAGUGAGGAAGAGCCUCCUCCUCCAAAGGAGGAAUCCGAUGAUGACCUUGACCUGACAGAGGACACCAAGGUCCCCGAGGUGGAUGAGGAGGCAGCCCUAAUGGAGCAGGAGCUGGACAUUUUGCUGGCUUCACCUCAGAAGAAACGGACAAUGAGGAUGUAUGCUGAUGAUGUAGAAGAGGAGAGGAUCAAUAAGAGAUUACGUAAAUCAAAAGAGAGCCGAUCAAGUGAAUCUCCAGAGUUAUCGCGGUAUAGAGACUAUUCUCCAGAACCCCGCCGCCGAAAAGAUGCCAGGGAUAGAAUCUCUGGGAAAUCAGUAACCAUAACGACAUCUGGAAAUUCCUCUGGAGGAUCUGACCUCCGCAACAAACUGAAGGCCAGUCGAAGAGUGCCGUACAACAAGCCGUCAUCUUACGAUCGUUACCACGGAGUGAGGGUAGAGGUCAGGGACUGAGAUUUGGGGUCAAGGUCAUUUUGACAUUUCUAACAGAACAAUUUACUCAAAGGAAGACUAGUUUUUCUGACAAAGUAUUUUCAUAAUUUGUAUAAUUUUAAAAUUUGUUAUAUGAAAUCAAAUGUUCUGUUUAUCAUUGAUGUUUGUUUUUGCUGGUAAUUUAUUCUGUAAGUAUUUGUGCUGUUGAUUUGUGAUGUUAUGUAUUUUAAAGCUUUGAAUACACCCCAAACUUUGUGUCUUACAUGUAUAUAGAAAAUAGGUCAAAUUAUCAUUUUAUUUUUUAUCUUCUUUAAGGUUUAUUUUAUAACAAAUAUUCAGCUGAGCUGAAUAUUCCUGAUUUGUGAUCUAUUUUAAAAGUAACAUUUCAAGUGAUGUACAAU